AUGCUCGUGGCAAUUGGUGCGGCGCAGCUGCUUCUCGCCAGCAUCGCGUCGGCGGGUCCCCAAAUCUGCGUCCUGGAGCCAGAGCGGCUUCGGCGCUGCAUCGAAGCGGCCAGCGCUGUGUUUGCAGCUCCCGGCCCAAGCGAUCGGCUCCAAGGGCAUCUACUUUGGCGGGGCCUGGGCUGUGAUGGGAACGAGAAGCACGGCUCUCACGAGCCAGGAGAUAUCCAUCUUGUCCGGCGAGGGCGCUGCUCUUUCUCGGAGAAGUCGACGGUGGCCGCUCGGCGCGGUGCCAGCGCCGUGCUCGUGGCAGACUUCGAAUCGGCACAAGACCACCAGGCCGCCGACACCCUCGUGGCCGGGUCACAAGGCCCGGCGGCCGGGGGGCGCGUGCCGCUGCUGCUGCUCGGCGCUGGCAGCGCGCGGCCGCUCCUGGAGGCCUUGGAAGCAGGAGAGCUGGUCCAGAUCGAAGUGGAAGUGGGGAAACCGGCCGCUUCUAUAGUGAUGGACGUCUGGCUGCCCCCUGAUGCUGGAGCUCUCCUUGCAAGCCUGGCGCCGACUGCACGCGAUCUCCCGGGGCUGCGGGUCCACGUGCACUUCCGUGUUGUGGCAGCUCCGGAGGGAGCGAGCCCCGCGCAGAUUGCUCGCCACUGCUAUGCUGGGCUCAGAGAGCUUUGUUCCGCCCGCGUUCUGCAGCCCUCGGAAACAACGCCUGCUGCACCGUGGCUCCGCGAGGCCGUCUUUCAGCAUUGCUUGCUGCGUGGCUUCCCUCAACGAUAUUGGUGGAAGUAUGUGGAGAUGGUUUCCAAUUGCAGCUCCGACAGCUGCUUGCGAAGCUCGCUGGCAGAGCUGGGCCUCAGCGCGCGCGAGGCGCGGGCGGUGCAGCAUUGUGCUGACUCGGAGGCUGCGUCCUUCCUGGAGGAUGACCGUGAAAGCGCACCUUGGGGUUCAGCUGAGGAGAUCGCUUUGCGCAUCAACGGCUGGCGUUACAGCGGGCCGCUGGAGGCCCCCCGUAUCCUUCGCACGAUAUGUUGGCAAUUGGAGCCCAGCACUGUCUGCCAGCACCUUCUCAGGAAGGAUUCGGAUAGUGGGCACGGCAUUCUCCUAUGGCAGUUGGCCGGCUGCUGCAUACUGGCCGUCGCAGCCGGUUGCAUCUUCAGAGGAAUCGUGAUGUGGUCCCUGAGGCGCCUGCUACGCCGCUUGGGCCACGCCUGCAAGGCAGCAUGA